CGUGUUCAGCUAGUCGUUCGUGUGACUUGUUGUCACGUUGUUCUGCUGUACAUGUGUUAGUUUCUCGUUCCUGUGCGUGUUCGUGUGUUGCGAGAUUUUAGACUUAUUUUUUGUUUGCAAUUUUAAAUAAUUUUGAGUAUUAAUAAUAGCUGUGUAGUAGCAUUGUAACUAUGGUUCGAGUUAAAAUUCGCCUACGCCUAUAAUAAAAUCAGUUUUGCAGUAGAGUGAGUUUGGCGAGUUACGGUUAAAUUAUCUAUAUUUUUUAAUAAUGAUGUUGUACGUGUUGCCACCACCGACAGCCGCUGGUCCACCGUCUCCAUGGUCUACUAUACUCUGUGACGAUGAGCGUUCGUCUGUCGGUGAAUCUAGUGGCCAGCAAGACACUGGCAAAGGCCGCUUGACGUACAAGCGAAAUGCCAGUAAUAACAGAAGGGUUAAAGCAUGGUUAAAUGCCGUACAAAAAAACAAUCGCCCUCCACCCAGAAAACCGGUAGAACCAAUUGGUAGUAGUACAGGACAUGAGGAUUCCGGAGCCGGCAGUUCGUUGGACGAAGAUGAACCCAUUAAGACAAACCGCAGACUUAGCGAAUGUUAUUUUGCUAACAAGGGUACGACUUCGGCAGUGCUGUGUUCGCCCAAAUCGCACCAUCAACAAAUCCGGCGCAAGAGACACCACCACCACCAUUCGAGACACCAGUCCAUGUCGGCACCGGCGUCCGGCCGGAAGUCGGCGAACGAAAACGAGAUGCAAUCUCGCGCCAACGACAUACAGGCCCAUCUUCAGUCCAUGUUCCACAUCCUCAGGCCCGACGACAGUCUUAACAUGGCUGUGAAGCUCGAAAGCGUUCACUCCGGUCGCACCAGAUACCUGGUAGUGGUUUCAUGCGUUAACCCAGGCGGCCAAGAGGAAUCUUGUCUUCUGGGUCUGGACUGCAAUCAGCGAACUACCAUCGGCUUGGUGCUUAGACUUUUAGCCGAUACUACCAUCACUUUGGACGGAGACGGAGGAUUUAGCGUGAGCGUAUGUAGCCGACAGCACAUAUUCAAGCCCGUGUCCGUACAAGCCAUGUGGUCAGCUCUCCAGUCCCUUCAUCGAGUAAGCGCCCAAGCCAGGGAACACAAUUUCUUCGACGGCGGCCUUACCCACGACUGGAUAUCGCACUACGAAUGUCAGAUAUCCUCGGACCAGUCGUGCCUAAACGAAUGGAACGCCAUGGAUUCUAUAGAAUCCCGACGGCCUCCGUCGCCAGAUUCUUUGAGGACAAAACCUAGCGAACGUGAAGAAACGGAACGUGUAAUUCGCAGUGCUCUCAAAGAGAUCAUGAUGAGUGUAGACCUCGACGAAGUCACUUCCAAGUUUAUCAGAGGGCGGCUGGAGGAAACCUUGGACAUGGACUUGGGCGAAUACAAGCCGUUCAUUGACCAAGAAAUGCUCACCGUCUUGGGGCAAAUGGACGCUGCCACUGAAAUAUUCCCACACGUAUAUUUGGGUUCAGAGUGGAAUGCUUCAAAUCUCGAUGAACUCAAUAGGAAUGGUGUUCGACAUAUCUUGAAUGUGACUAGAGAAAUAGAUAAUUUUUUCCCUGGCAUGUUCAAAUACCUUAAUGUUAGGGUGUAUGAUGAUGAAAAGACUGAUCUCUUAAAACAUUGGGACAAUACAUUUAAGUACAUCACAAAUGCUGAAAAAGAAGGUUCCAAGGUGCUAGUUCAUUGCAAAAUGGGCGUUAGCCGUUCGGCCAGUGUGGUCAUUGCAUAUGCUAUGAAAGCCUACAAUUGGUCGUUUCGGAAGGCUUUUGAUCAUGUCCGGUCAAAGCGCACGUGUAUCAAACCCAAUAAGCAUUUCAUUCUUCAACUAGAGACUUAUCAGGGCAUUUUAGCGGCCAUGAAAAAUCGCGAAAAAUUACAACGAUCUAAGUCGGAAACGAAUUUAAUUGCCACAUCAGGUCUCAUUACACCGCCUAACUCGCCCAAAAAACCUCUAGAAAGUCCCAGGUCACAAAGUGAAGGAGACAAAAACGUUACCUCACCAAACCACGAAAGAUUCCUCGAAAAAGAUAAAGAAAAACCUGUAGCGUCCAAGUCCCCCAUACAUCUUUUGCCUCCUAAAUUAGAUGUAAGUGGAUGUGAAUUAAUGAAAUGUGGUAGUAGGCCAAAGUCUUGGUCGCCUGAAAACAAUUUUGCUGCGGACAUUUUAACUAAUUCAGCUUUAUUGUCACAAUCAUUAGAAAAGAUUAAUGUAGAUAAAGUGCCUGUAGAAGUAGAAGUGGAAGUACCCAAUAUCCCACCAGCGCCUCCACUUCCUCCUCUUGAAGUUCAUAAAUAUAAUGUGAGCGUUUGUAUGCCUUGUGGCAAUGGACUGAGAUCGUACAGUGUUUCUCAGAACAAAAUUGUCCAGCUGCAGUCGACACCCCCUCCAAGACCCUCGUCAGUCAAACUACGUGUAAAUGAACUGGAAUCAAAUAAUGCUGGCAGCUUGUCCUUAACUUCCAACACUUCAUCUACAACUACAAAUUCUAGUCCUGAUCGAAAAUCUGUGGUGGAUCCCUCACGAAAUUUAGUUUUAAAUCUCACCUCUCAAUUUGAAGGUGUGGUCUCCUCUAGCAGUGUGACCAAUUCUCCUGACGAAAUUCUAGUCAAACCUCUUUCAGCAGAAUCACCUAAGUUUAAUCAAAUUACUUUAAGCAAACCACCUGCAGCAACAGUUGGGACUAUUGCAUAUCACAAACGGGAUGGUGACCCUUUUUCAUCUCGAUUAGACCGUGUGUUUGAACGGGAAGAACGAAAACAAUCACGAGAACCUACUGAACACACAAGUGAUGUGUCUCGACAAAACUCAUGGAGCUCUUAUGAUAGUGCUGUAGUGCUUCGAGAUGUCAUAUCCAGACAUAGUUCUUGGGGUUCAUGCGAUACACGCACACCACCUUCUAGAAAUAGCUCAUGGGGUUCAUAUGAUGUACGGCCUACUAUGCAGUAUGUAAGUGAGCGAGGUGAAAAAUCUGUGCCAGACGCCAAAACUUCUACUGUAACUCAAGAGAGUCCAGAUAGAAAACUAAAGCAAAAAGAGCAAAAAUUGUUACCUAACUGUUAUGCAAGUUCACCUACACUUGGGCAUGGUUCUCCCAAAUUAGUUGAUCGAGUCACUGUAUCUCAACCAAACAUAUCAGGUUUGGGAAAUUCUAUGAGUAAACAACACAGUGGUAUUGUCAAGAGUCUCAAAGAAGAAUUUGAAGCUAAGGCAAUAGAUACAGUAGAUAUUAGUAAAACAAGAAAAUGUUGUGGUGGUUUUGAAGAGGACACCACUGAACUUGUAAAGAGUCUACCUUCAUCUCCCGUUAGUGAACAUCCUAAAAUGAAUCAACGGCCAAGCCCAGCAGCAUCAAUGGAAGAUAUAUCUGUUCGUAAGCUGGUAGGCAAGUAUGAAAAUGGACGAAGUCGUAGUAAAACGUUUGUACAAAACAGUGAAUGCCUGUAUAGCAAAACUCAACCACCAAUACCACCAAGAAACUCAAGCUUAGAUGCAUUUAUUGGGCCUAGAAAAUUUAUCAAGAAACCUCUUGAAUGUAAUCCUGUGGUUAAAACGGUCGUGUUACCCAUUAAAAGUGACAUAUGUGCAUCAGUCAACCGUGCAGCAAAUAACAAACUGCAACAAGGAAAAUCUCAUCCUCUCACCAAAUUGUCUUUCAAACAGCUGAAAUUUAAUAGUACUGUUUACAACAGCAUGUGAAACAAAUAAUCGACUUAUUCAAACAUUUUUGACUUAGAGUUAUAUGUCUUUUUCUGUUUUUUAGUUAUUGAAAAAUGUUUGCAAUUCGUUUUACUCAUUUGUUUUUGACAAUAUAACUGUAAUUUAUUUUUUAUUUA